UUGAGUUGGGGAGAUUUUGGAAGUUUCGUCCACGCCGGGUCGACAUGCGGUCGGGAUGGGAUGGGUUUGGUUGACCAUCGGUGCCGAAUGUUUAUGUUGAAGCCGAACUCAUCAAAAGUUCCCAAUCCAGAUGCUUCCCUCUCCGAGCCGAUCAACGGUCCGUCAACUCACCACCCAACAGUUGCUUCGUCGCCCCCCAUCGACCUUCUCGUGUAGGCGAUCCCCUCGAUGGUAUUCAUCCCGACCCGAUCCAUCAAGAACCGACAGUAACGUUGACCAAGCCAAACCUGUCAACCUACCAGCUGCUACCUCAUCAUCACCCGAGGCUUCUCAAGCACCUUCGACGACCGAAACCGAGCGGCCGAAACCACCUCCUUACCUUCCCCGUCCACUCGGUGUCGAGGACCCACCAAGUACACGCCCCCCAACUGAGGAGGAAAAAUUGGCGAAAUUGGUAGACGAGCAGGCGAGGUUGCAAGAACGUAAACAUCUAAUUUCAGAGGUGUCCAGAGGAUAUUAUCACGACUGGAAUCAACUCCGACAUAAUGGAAAUAAAUUAUGGACGGCUCCACCGAGUUUGAUACAAGACCAGCGGGCCUUGUAUUUUCCAAAUAUCAGUGGGGUCGCUCUUUCGAACAAAGAGACCAAACAUACCACCGAUAUCUUCGCAGAUAAAGUCUCAAUCCUGGCUGUCGAGAGUACAAGAAUGUCCGAAGAACAUACGAGGUCAUUUUACGGAGAGCCUUUACGAAUGUUGGCUGAAGAAGAUAACUUGCAAUUGGUCAGAUUAAACGUGCAAGAAAACCCGCUUAAAUCGUGGCUGGUCAGUUUAUUCAUCAACAACCUACGAAAGACGGUGCCCCCGAAACAACACCAAGGAUACAUUCUCACGAAUCAAAGCCUGGAGUAUGUAAGAGAGCCAUUGGGGAUGGUGAACAAGUUACUAGGAUAUGUGUAUCUGGUCGAUUGGAAUAAGAAGAUUCGUUGGGCGGGAUGUGGGUUCUCUAAUGCCGAGGAAGUCAGCGCAUUGUUUUCCGGUACCAGAACGCUGUUAAAACGAUUUGAAGAAAAUAAAAAACAAUCCAGUGUUUGAAAAGAGUUUUGCAACUGCACUUAAUUAUUUUUGGGUCGAUGCAAACCAAAUGUGGACUGGUUCCUGCCGUAUGUCAUUUGAUCAUACCAAGGAUGCUUAAGUAGCAUGGCUUCAGUAAUUUGGGCAGGUUUCUGUUAGAUUUGACUCC